AUGGCCAAACUCCUGCCUGAAGAUGCAGCAGCCUUGGAGAAGCAGCUGGAUGAGAGUUCUGGCUUUGGGAUCUGGAUAUUUCUGGAAAAAAACAAUGCGUACUACGGAGUACUGGCGGUGAGAACAGCGCGUCUCUCGGAUUGUUGGCGCUAUUCUAUCGGACCGAACUACAUAGACUACGGAGUACCUGUUGUUGUUAUUACUGGUAAAAUGAUCAUUCAGAUUCGAUUAGGUAACUUGAGCUUGCUUAUAAUAACCGGAUCUUUCUCUGAAUUUGCGGUUCUACUCAUUGAGUCCGAAUCUGACAUUUGGGGCCGUGCAAGGCACAUCUUAGGUAUCUCGAUAUCAUUUCGCUUCGGUGUCCGUUCAACUAUUUGGCCAGUACUAUAUAACCCGUGGCUACAUGUAUGGUGA